AACGACAGCAUAAUUCUCAUUCUUUCCCUAAUCUCACUACUCCAGUUCCUCACCUGACAUCGGCAUUCACUGAGUGUCCUUACCUCACAUUUCCCUAUUCUACAAAUGAUAACUCUUCCUAAAAACCCUAAUUUCCAAACUCUAACCAUGGACAACGACGACCCUCGAAACGGCGCCGUUGAGGCCACCGAACACACCGCAAAGAAACAGAGGCUGACCCGCCCCAUUUCCGAACCCGAGAUCCGCCAGGAGUUCUCCCACCAUCAACACGGCGUCGCCCGGAUCAACAACGGCAGCUUCGGCAGCUGCCCCCGCUCCGUCCUCGCCGCCCAGAACACCUGGCAGCUCCGCUUCCUCCAGCAACCCGAUGACUUCUUCUUCAACACGCUCCGAAACGGAAUUCUCGAUUCACGCGCCGUCAUCAAAGACAUCAUAAAUGCCGACCACGUCGACGACGUCUCCCUCGUCGACAACGCCACCACCGCUGCCGCCAUCGUUCUUCAGCAGAUCGGCCGCCUUUUCGCUCACGGCAACUUCCGCAAAAACGACACCGUUAUAUUGUUCCACUGCGCGUACCAAGCCGUUAAGAAAUCCAUCGAAGCCUACGUCACCCCGGUCGGUGGCUCAAUCGUCGAGGUUCAGCUACCGUUUCCUGUUCAUUCCGACGAAGAAAUCAUAGCAGAGUUCAAAAAAGGGCUCGAGCAAGGUAAACUUAACGGCGGAAGAGUUAGGUUAGCGAUAAUCGAUCACAUAACGUCGAUGCCUUCCGUUGUUCUCCCCGUUCGCGAAUUGAUCAGUGUUUGCAGAGAGCAAGAGGUGGACCAGGUUUUCGUCGACGGAGCUCACGCCAUUGGAAGCUUGCGCAUCGAUGUGGAAGAAAUUGGGGCUGAUUUUUACGUCAGCAAUUUGUACAAAUGGUUCUUUUCUCCGCCUUCGGUGGCUUUUUUGCACUGUAAAAAAUCAAGUGAUAUGCACCACCCUGUGGUUUCUCAUGAAUACGGGAAGGGGUUACCGGUUGAGAGUGCGUGGGUUGGAAUGCGAGACUAUAGCCCCCAGCUUGUGGUGCCGUCGAUUUUGGAGUUUGUGAAUCGGUUUGAAGGUGGAAUUGAGGGGAUUAUGAGGAGGAAUCAUGAUGGGGUUGUUAAAAUGGGGACUAUGUUGGCGGAGUCUUGGGGAACGAAUCUGGGGUCGCCUCCUGAAAUGUGUGCUAGCAUGAUUAUGGUGGGUUUGCCUUCUAGGCUCUGUGUGACGAGUGAUGAUGAUGCAUUGAGGUUAAGGUCAUACCUCAGGGUCUAUCAUGCUAUUGAAGUUCCUGUAUAUUACCAGGCUUUGAGAAAUGGCAACAGGGAUCCAAGGGACAAGGAUGGGUUUAUAACUGGUUAUGUCCGGAUAUCUCAUCAGGUUUAUAACACUGAUGAUGAUUAUUAUAGGCUUAAGACUGCAAUUAAUCAGCUUUUGGAUGAUAGGAAAAUUUGCAGCGGGCUUACUAAGGAGUGAUUGUAAAAAGAAAAGAGUCUCAGGAGUUUCCACUUUCCAGUGCGUGAGGUUAAAAGAAUUGCCAGUCCAACAUUGUGCAUGAAAAAGAAAGAGCAACCCCUUACUCGUGGCCCAGGUUGGUAUCGAUGAAUUUUAUUCUACAUCAUUCCCAUUUUUUGUACUUUAAAAGGUGUAAUAAUAUGAACAUUGCUAUACAAUGUUGUCUUAGUUGCUCCUGAUUUCCUGAUUUCAAUUUGUCCCUUUCUACUUAAUGGGUCAUGUUUGUCUAUUGUCUGGACUUGUUGUUCUUUU